CCGUUGGUAGUGUGGCAUAAAUAUGUGCCACUCGAACUGCGUCGGAGUCUGUGAUCUAGCUCGCGAGACCUGUACAUAAAUACACGCACGACGCCAACAUUGUCUCAGCCGGGAAGAGACCAAGAGUCCGAUAUGGGGAAGAAAGCGAAGGCGGCCGCCGGCUCCGGCGCCGGCACCAGCGCCGGGCGUGAAGAACCGAUCGUUGUCGCGAUUAAAAUGGACAAGACGACGAUCAUCGUGUCGUCGGUGGUUGGUUCCCUGGGCGUGCUCAGCGCCAUCCUGGGGUUCGCUGCCGAGGCGGCAAAGUUCACUGAUUGUGCAUCGUCGCUCGGGUUGGCGAUCGCAGCGACCAUCUUCCUGAUGAUGGCGCAGGUCACCGUUGCGGCCGUCGGCGGCUGCUGCGGGUGCUGCAAGUCCCGUGCCGUCCCGUCCGAGACCAAGCGGAUCGUCGGCGUCGUGUGCGCCUCGAUCUCAUGGGUGGCGGCGGUGAUCGCGUUUGCGUUGUUCGUGGACGGAUCAAUCGGCGCGGCGGUGGCGUGCGUCGGCCUGGUCGGCGAGUUCGCGGGCGCGGGCGUGCUGGUCCUCGUCGCCACGGGCCUCGGGAUCACCUCGUUUAUCAUGCUCCGUAUGCAUCCGCAGGCCGGCGAGGCGGCGGCAGACCGGGCGGCCCCGCGGGAUUACGACGACGACGAACCCACGCCGAUCGGGACGCCGAUAGACAUCCACGGAUUCCGGCCGCCGAUGCCUCCUAACCCUCAGGUGCCUGAGCCGUUGCCGAACUAUCCACCGCCACCGUACUCCCCUGCUCCUGCUCCUGCUCCGGCUCCGGCUGAGGGAAACGGCAACCAAUUAGCACCCGACCAGCAGCUCGCGCCUCAUCCACAAGGUCAUGCGCAGGUGUAGGCGUGUAGCUGUAACAUCGUGCACGCAUUUAUCAUCAUCUGGUGUUGAACUGAAUCGAUUAAGGCCUAACGCGACAAAUGCAAUGCCCUUGAUCAUACGUGCUGCCCUGUUUUGCUUAUUUUUUUAUUGGUUUGAUUUCAAUGAUUUGUGUACGUGACAUUUAUCUAUGCACCGAACGUUACUGUUCACCAUUUUUUUUCCGAGGACUGUUCACCCUUUCAAGCAAGGAGAUUAGUUUGAGUUUUAUUGGAGUUCCACGAUUUUUUCAGAUUCAUGCCAGGACGUACAACUUAUUGAUGUGAAGUAUAUGUAAAUGCAAUAAACUUGUUCACUAUUAUUCCCUCU